AUGUGUGUAGCCACAGCAUCAUUGAAUGCAACAAGUAGCUUCGCAGGUGUUGAAAAACAAAAUAAUAAUAAUAUCAGAACACUUAGCCCUGAAUUAGCUAAAACAGCACAAGAAGAACUCGGUGAGAAUCCUGAUCGGUUACAAAAGGACAUCAACGAACUUCGUAGCGGGCUAGAAAGUCAACCUCAUCUGAUUUCUGGAAAAGAUGAUCAAUUCUUGGAGACGAGACUAAAGAGAGAAUUGAUGCUUUUCUCACAUGUAAAUCGUCCUAUCCUGAGCUUUUUAAAACCCGAGCUAUUGAUUGAUCUAUCUAUUUUGGAUAUUUUGAAAUGCGGAAUGAACAAUAUUCCACCGAAUCCAUUGCCAGGAAAUGGUAGAAGAUUGUUGCACAGCUCUCCUAAUCGAUAUACUAGCAUUCGCUGA